AUGGCGUCCACGUCGUCAGGGCCGCCUUCCGAGCAGCCCUCCGUGGUUGCGUCCGCUGCCAGCUCCAUCAAAUCCUCCAGACCCACGACCCCCUCGAACGCCCCGUCAGAGAAAGCGCCGGAUGACUCCUCCAAGCUCAAGACUUUCCUCGGUAUAUUACGAAGAUUUAUAGGAGUCUCCGACAUCGCUGCCGUCAGGUUCUCCCUACCUGCCCAACUCCUAGAGCCUACGCCAAACUUGGAAUACUGGAAUUACUUGGAUAGACCGGAGACGUUUGUCAGGCACGUAGCUCCGCAGACCAGUCUCAUCGGAGAUUCCCCAGACCCCUUGGGUCGCAUGUUGGGAACGCUCCGCUUUUGGUUUACGAAAGACUUGAAAUAUGUCAAGGGCAAGCCGUGCAAACCGUACAACUCGACGUUAGGCGAGUUCUUCAGGUGUAAUUGGGUAGUGGAAGACACGGCUCCAUCGAUCCGCUUACCUUCCACCGAGAAGCCGGCCCAACCAGACGGGGUCGGCCCAAAGUCCAACGCUUCAGGUCGACCUAUCAAGGUCUCCUAUCUUACCGAGCAAACCUCGCAUCACCCGCCAGUUUCCGCGUUCUUCAUCGCUUGCCCCGAGAAGGGAAUAUUAGCGCGCGGCUUUGAUCAGUUGAGUGCGAAGUUCACGGGCACUAGCGUCAAGGUCACUCCAGGGGCGCAUAAUCUGGGUAUCUUUAUCACACUAGAGAAGUGGGGUAAUGAGGAGUACCAGUUGACGCAUCCCGCCGCGCAUCUUGGUGGCUUUCUAAGGGGAAACCUCAAUGUGACUGUUGCCGAUUCGUGCUUCAUCAGUUGCCCCAAAACCGGAAUCAAAGUGAUUCUCCAGUAUCUCGAAGAAGGAUGGCUUGGAAAAGCUCAGAACAAGGUUGAGGGCGUAAUUUUCAGGUAUACCCCGGCGACGGAGACGACCACCCGAUUAAAAGAUGUUCCGGAUAAAGACAUACUCGGCCGCGUGGAAGGGUGUUGGCACGACAAGGUGUACUACACACUGUGUAGCGAGUCCUUCGGCAAGAACAAGGUCAGCCACGACAAACACUUGCUCAUCGACCUCAACCCGCUCUACCCAAUCCCCAAACUAGUCCCACCCGAGGAUCUCCAGCUCCCGAACGAAUCCCGACGCUUCUGGUACGACGUCACCGCCGCCAUCAACAACAAGCAGUACUCCCUCGCCACGCAGGUUAAGCAAGAAAUAGAAGAAAGGCAGCGGCAGAAAGCAAAGGAAAGGGAGACCAGGGGCGUCGAGUGGAAGCCGCGGUUUUUCACCAGCACAACAGCGCCGGACGGUAGGCCGGAUCUAACAGCGGACGGCUGGACCGUGCUCAAGGGGAUGCAGAUGGAUGACUUCAGGCUCACGGCAAACGAAGAGGCGGGCGCGUAUUGA